CCGUUCGGCUCGGUUCCGUUCGUAUGUUCAAGUUUCGUCUCAGCUUGGUGCCCCUUCCUCACGUCAUCGUUGUCGUCGUCUUCGUCGUCUCGCCCGCCUGGUCCUGCUCCCUCGCUCGCUGUUGCACUGAGCUAUGUGUGGCGAGUGUGAUAAUCGCGUUCAUGCUGUAGUUUCCUGUGGUUUAUCGAAGGGAGAAGAAGGAUUAGGAGGAUGGAGUCGAGGGGCUUAAGGGCUUAAGGAACACGCCGAUUGCGGCUGGACUGAGAGCUUAAAUCUACUUGAAGUAAGGACGUUUUGAAGCUGCCAAAGGAGUGCUGCGACAAGGUGGCUAGUUUUUCGUAUCCUCGUUUGAGUUGUUGACUGAAGCAGGAGGUUCUCCUGGGGUCGUCUCCGUGCUUGCAAUACUUGGGUGGGGACAAGUAGGGCGAGGGCGUUGCAAUGCAGUUGGUUCGUUGUGGAAGGUAUUAUUGCGAGGCUACCGUACUUUGAUUCUUUUCCUGAAAUCAUCGGCACUUUCGAUUUUUUGACUUAGCAGCUAUUCCUUAAGGUUUACGAGUGCUGAUCCCUGCUUCACAUGAAACUGAAAGUACAUGUCAUAUCACAUCAAGAGGUCAAUCAGCUGUGCCAUCGGACUUGGACUUUGGUUCAGGUCACUGACCUUGUCCAAGAGUUUGGUUCAAUCGCCGCCAAGAAAAUUUUGAGAUUUAAAGUUGCAGCGACUGUCUGAAAUUUGGAUUUUCAAGAUAUUUCUGGCCAUACUUGAUUCGAUUUUUCAGACGAUAGGAUUGAGGACGGAAAGUUGUCUUAGGUCAUUGACAUUUUCGGCACAGGAAUUUUCGAGUAGUUGUGACAGCAAGAUGUUUCAAACCUCUCCAACUGGAGGUUUGCCGUGCUUUUCUAGAGAAAUGAUGAAGAUUCUUACAAGAAAGAGAAGUCUGUCGAACAGUUCCUCGACUUAGCUGACGGAUGAAGCUGGUGCAUUUGAUUUGUGCCAUAUUUUUGAUCGUGAAAGCUAAGAAUCCAAUUUCAGUCGCGUACGUCUACUUUGGAAGGAAUAGAUUUUUUGGAAGAUGAAGAAAGGCAUUGACUCGGCUUGAUGAAGUUAAUGCGAAAUUUGUGGCGCAAUCGAAAAUGUGAAGAUUUGCUGUUUCAAACACGGCCUGUGUUAUCUUUGUUCUCCUCGACAAAACGAAUGGGAAUUAUAGCGCAGGAGUGUCAAGAGGGAUCUUUUGAAGACUGGUGAAAUCCACCAUGCGUUGCAAUGCCUGCACAAUUGCAGGGUUGGUUAUUGUGUUGCUUGUGGUUACCGAAAUUUUCUGGCUUGGCCAUGCUUUGCCAUGCCUUACAACGGAUGAACCCCUUCCUCGAGUUCUUCCAACCCAGAAGUCAGGGUUUGAUACUUCCAGCUUCCCAUCUUCCGACAAGCUGCCCUCUAGUAAUUUAGUGAUACGUCCACUUCGGGCAUCUAGAGUUCUAGAUCUGCAACCUGCUUUGGCACCCCACGUUUUGAAGCUGCAACUGUUAGAUUCUUUGGUAUCAACUUCUCCUGGAAGCCCUUCUCGUCUUAAUCGCACAAGAUUCAGGCAACCGGUAGUAGCUGCACCAGCCCCUUCUCCCAGAACAAGAGGGCAUCAUCAUCACAGCCACAGAGCACCUGCUCCUGCCCCGGUUUUUGCCCCAGUGCCACCAAUUGUCUAUGCUCCGACACCAAAGAAUUCCCAAGGUACAGAUAGCUACAGAAGAAAUCAUACUCAUGCGCUGGAUUGUAAAGAAUGUGAAGACGGCUAUACCAGUGCACCUGCAGGUGCCCCCUGUGGGUGUGUUGUACCAAUGACUGCACGAUUUCAAUUAGCCAUCAGCCUUGAGAAACUUUUUCCUUUGGUGGCAGAACUAGCUAAGGAACUUGCUGAGAGCUUAUUCCUACAGCCAAGUCAAGUUCGAAUAAUGGGUGCGAAUGCAGUUGAGCAAUUCCAGGACAAUACGGAUGUGACUGCCCAGUUUGUACCUUUGGCUAUGUCUUUUGACAACACGUUUGCAGGGCUUCUAGCUUCACAAAUUUGGGAACAUAGGCUGAAACUAAACGAGACCCUUUUUGGCCGUUAUCUGGUCAUCUUGGUGCGUUAUCCAGGCCUUCCUCCCUCUCCACCUUCUCAAGCCGAACCUGAAACUGGACUUCCCCCAAUUAGUAGUGGAGGCGCUGCGCAACGACCGAUCGGAGUCGAUCUUAACAAUGUUAGCCACAAGAUGAGUGGUGCAAAAAUUGCUGUGAUUGCUCUGGCAUCGACGAUGAGUGCAGUAAUUUGCCUUGGUGUAAUUUGGAUGACGAUGCUGAAGUGCAAUGGCCGCGUUCAAGCUUUUGAAAAGGCUGCAGAACUCACUCAUCCAUCUGCCCCUAGACGAUCAACUCGCUCAGGUGGAGUCUCUGUGGUGUCUGGAAGCUUUCAAUCAGCAUCAGUCUCAGGCGAAGCAAGCAUUCCAGUGUACACAGGAACUGCUAAGUGUUUCUCCAUAGAAGAACUCAGUAGAGCAACUGAGAACUUUAAGCCUGGGAAUAUUGUUGGACAGGGAGGAUUUGGAACAGUUUUUCAGGGUAGAUUGGAUGACGGAACACAUGUAGCUGUGAAAGUCUUGACUCGUGGAGAUCAGCAAGGAGGUAGAGAAUUUGUUGCCGAAGUUGAGAUGCUGAGUAGAUUGCAUCAUCGAAACCUCGUUAAACUCGUUGGAAUAUGUGUAGAGGAGAUGCGGUGCUUAGUUUAUGAGCUCAUCCCCAAUGGGAGCGUUGAGUCGCAUUUACAUGGUAUAGAUAAAUUCAAUGCUCCACUUAAUUGGGAGGCUAGACUGAAAAUUGCACUAGGAGCAGCGAGAGGACUAGCUUACCUUCACGAGGAUUCGAAUCCGAGGGUGAUACAUAGAGACUUCAAAGCUAGCAAUAUUUUACUGGAGAUGGACUACACUCCUAAAGUGUCUGAUUUUGGUCUUGCUAAGGCAGCUGCUGAAGGAGGAAACAGUCAGCACAUAUCUACUCGUGUGAUGGGCACUUUUGGGUAUGUAGCACCUGAAUAUGCGAUGACGGGCCACCUUCUUGUAAAGAGCGACGUAUACAGCUAUGGGGUGGUCCUACUUGAACUUCUUUCGGGGAGGAUGCCAGUUAACAGGAACAACCCAGAAGGGCAGCAGAAUUUGGUCACUUGGGCGCGUCCGCUGCUAUCAUCUAAAGAAGGGUUGGAGAUGCUGAUGGAUCCAGACCUUAAGGGUGAUUUUCCAUUUGACAACUACGCCAAGGUCGCUGCUAUUGCUUCCAUGUGUGUGCAGCCUGAAGUAUCACACAGGCCUUUCAUGGGUGAAGUCGUUCAAGCUCUAAAACUUGUAUACGAUGACUCAGAUGCCAGUGGUUCCCAUCCGAUCGAUUAUUCUCCGGACCAAACCAAACUCGGGGUCUGUAAUGAUCCCCGAGCACGGUUUCUUCCGAACUCAUCCUUCCUCAGCAGUGAUUAUGAUUCAGGGCCACUCUACAAAAGCAGGGAUUCUAAUGGGCGUCCACUGUCAGCCUCGGCUGUUUUAUCAGAUUCUGGUAGAUCUGUUUGGCACUUUUCUGCUUCCUUCCAUCGCCAGAGCAAUUCCGGUCCUCUCACAACUUCCACAGGUCAGAAGCCACCAGCGUGGUACAGAUCAAGAGGCUCGAAAGCAGUCACAAAGAACGAUCAUGGAGCAGUCGGAGUUAGUGAUUGUGAUGGACCUAGAGAACACUCAUCUAUAUGGCCGUAAAGUAUCUCACAAUAUCUAGUUGUGGCUGUGUGCUGCAGAUCAUUUAACUGCGAGGUGGUUCAUUUUCCGGACAGAGUUACAGUAAAGAUGUUUAGGCCAUUGCUAGUCGGAAAUUGAAACAUUGGUGUUCCAGUUACAUUCCAAACCAUUCCAUUACUCAA